CCGCCGUACGCGCGGGCCAUGGCGGCUUUGCGGCCCGGAAGCGCAGCGCUUCGCCGGCUUCUCUGCCGGUCCUUCUCCGGCGGCGGCGUUAGGUUGGCCCGUGAGCGCCCUACCGAUCGCAGGGAUGCGGCGUCCAGCCGGGUCUCAAGAUUCCACCCUCCAAGACAGUCUUGCCAUGAUUGGAUAGGCCCCCCAGACAAAUACUCAAACCUUCGUCCUGUUCAUUUUCACAUCCCUGAAAACGAGUCUCCCUUGGAACAAAGACUUAGAGAAUUGAGACAAGAAACGCAAGAAUGGAAUCAGCAGUUCUGGGCCAAGCAGAAUUUGUCCUUUAAUAAGGAAAAAGAAGAAUUCAUUUACUCAAGACUACAAGCUAAAGGCUCAGGCCUGCGGACUGAGUCAGGCCAAAGAGCGACGCUGGAUGCAGAGGAGAUGGCCGACUUCUAUAAGGACUUUCUGAGUAAGAAUUUUCAGAAGCACAUGUGUUAUAACCGAGACUGGUACAAGCGUAAUUUUGCCAUAACUUUCUUCAUGGGGAAGGUGGCCCUGGAGAGGAUGUGGAGCAAGCUAAAGCCAAAGCAAAAGAAGACAAACGGUUAGGAGAAGCCCACCGGAACCUGACCCACAGCACCGGAACCUGACCCACAGCACCAGGUUCUGUUUAUGAGGCCCUGGACACUAAGUGAGCACAAGUCCCUUGGGCCACUAGCUGGCUCAGGCUCAUCAGUAUACUGUAUGCUGAGACUGUAUUUUGUAUUAUACCAAUUCAGAAUAUAGCAAUGUAAAAAUGUGAAUAAAGUUUCACUGCAAGAAUUUAAACCAGUGCAAGUUGGGAAUAAGCCUUUGGCUGGCUCUGGUGGUGUGGUGGGGUCCUCAGCCCUGACCACAGUGAAGGCAGGCAGCAUCUUUGUGUGAAAGACCGAUGAACAGAAUGAUGUCAUCAUUCCACAGUGAGGUGUCCCCUCAGCAUCCAGAGGCAUGCAUAGCAGCUGUUGUCACCAUGGUUGUCACCAUGGUUAAAGGUGCUUCUGAAAAUAGAGAACACAGAAAUGUGUGAGGUGAUUGUGGGCUCAUGGUCACCAUUAUGGUUCAGAUAUUGAAUGUCUCCCGAAGGCUUGGAUGCCGUGGCUGGAGAGAUGGCUCAGCGGUUAAGAGCACUGACUGUUCUUCCUAAGGUCCUGAGUUCAAUUC